CAGCAGGCCACGCCUGAUCGCAUCCGCAGCCGCAACCCGCAACACUCGACACCCGGCUGCCCGCAGUCCCGAUCUUCCGCGCUCGCUCGGGAUGAUUCUCCUGACGCUUUUGCUGGCGGCCACGGUGGCCGCCUCUCCGACGGCCCAGCCGUCGACCCCCGUGGCGACGACGACGGCGCCUCCCGCGUCCACCGCCACCGCAACGCUGCCCCCGAGGGCGGCCGUGCCCCCCGCGGCGCCACCGACGGCGUCUCUCCCCUCCUCAGCCAUCCCCUCCACUCAAAGCCUCCUCACCACGGUUGUUUCGUCAAGCAGCGCCACCGUCACCACCAGUCGCCUCCCCUCCAGCACCACUACUCAAGUAACCAGUGCUGCCACCACCAGCUCGAGCAGCCCCGCCCCCUCGACCAUUGGCGGUGGCGCUUGGACCACGGAACAGUUGGCCAGCCUGGCGCCACCGGCGCACUUGCCCACCCUGCUCGAAGAACGGUUGGAUACCCUGGCCUGCGACAUCAGCCUGCCGCCCAACGCCAAAAUCUGGCGUGCCAACCAAACGGAGGAGCUCCUUCUGCCGAUUCAGGGUGAGCCAGUGACAGACUCGAAUGCGUGGUCCGGAACGGCGGUCGUGCAGACCGGAGAUGUUCUGCUCGUGAAAAUUGACGACUCUGCGCUGGAGGCAGCUGCCAAGAACCGCACCCGCCGCCCCGCCAUGGAGCUUGACUCCGAUGGACAACACCGCCGAAGACAACCAGACUUCUCCGUCUACCAGGUCACGCGUCUCGGUUACGAAAACUGUGACGCGACGGAGGGUGUUCUCCUGGACAUCACGCCUCUGCAGGUUGACAACCGUCAGGUCGUGACCCUUUACGAUAAGGACCUGACCGAAGGCAUCAACCUCCUGAUCGUUGUGUCGACCAAGUGGCUGGAGGAACGAUGUGUGCGGCUUCGAGUUGUGGUCAAGGCGGAUAAUUGUGGCGACGCCCAAGAUUGUUCAGCAAAAGGCGUCUGCUUUACAAAUGGCUCAAUGGAGGGCUACGAGUGUCAGUGUUGUGCUGGGUUCGUGGGGGCGCACUGCGAGGAGCAAGACGCGUGCUACCCCAGCCCUUGUGAAAACCACGGCAUCUGCGUCGACAUCUCUCAAGGCCACGAGGGAACGACCUUCCAGUGCCUCUGCCCAUAUGGCUACACUGGCAAGGUGUGCGAGCAGCAGGCGGACCCGUGCGACUCGUCGCCAUGUUUGAACGGCGGCACGUGCGGCGGCAACGCAACGCACUUCGAAUGCGCCUGCGCGGCCGGGUUCGUCGGUCAGUUGUGCCAACAUAACCGAGACGAAUGCGCCAGCGCCCCCUGCGUCCACGGCAUCUGUGUUGACCAGGAGGACGGCUACCGCUGCUUCUGCCAACCAGGUUUCGCCGGCGAGCACUGCGAGUACGAGUACAACGAGUGCGAGAGCUCUCCGUGCAUCAACGGCGGCACGUGCACCGACCACAUCGGCGGCUACUCGUGCGAGUGCGGCCGCGGCUACUCAGGCAAGCGCUGCCACGUCAAGGUGGACCUGUGCGACCCGAAUCCAUGCGCCGAGCACCGCUACUGUCUGGACCGCGGCAACAAUUACACGUGCGAGUGCCCCAAGGGUUUCACCGGCCCUGAGUGCAUGCAGCCAACCAAGUCGGUUUGCAGCGGAAAGCCUUGCAGGAACGGCGGCACUUGCUGGAGCUCGGCCAACACCUUCUACUGCGCCUGUCGGCCCGGAUUCACGGGCAAAACAUGCCAAGAUCGGUUCGUGUUGGAGGCGAUUCCGACGCCGCAGCACCCGUCCGAUCCGUACAUGCCGGCCUCCCCUGUCUCCUCCACCCUGGACAUCCCGAUUUCGAUCCACCUGGACCACCUGCACAGCGUCUACAUCGCCGUCGGCACCCUCGCCUGCGCCCUCCUCAUCGUCUCCAUCACAGUGACCGUGUGCCACUGCCGACUGCACAAAACGUACAGGAACUGCUCGGUUUUGCCCUUCAGGAGUAGCAGACUCAGAGAGGAACAUUGUCCUUCGAGUCCGUGCGCGCCGCUGAACAAGCUGUCGGUGCCGGACAAGGGGCGGCCGCUGGCGUCGAACCGCGCGUUCCCGCCGCUCGCAGACUCGGACAUGUACUACACGUUGGACUUUAGUGACAGUCAGAGCUCACCUUUGAUCCAGUAGACGUGCUGUGUGCUGAAGAAUCAAAUUUUUGCGUGUACACGUGCGCUUCAUCUUUCGUUUUGUGAUAGAGAGUAAAUAAAUAAAUAAUUGUAAAUCGCUUCUUCGGCCGCCAGCGCGGUCGGAGAUGCGCGCGGAGACAAAUUAGGAAUUUCACAGAUUCGUUAAUUUUAAUUACGAGUAGAUGUAACAAAUUUGGUGUAAGGGAGAACAACAGAAUUAGAAAUUAAAUAUAAUAAUACCGUCGUAAUUGAGCUCAGCAUAAAAUCUGUUUUUAGCAUCGUGUGUGACAGAGAUUUUGUAUUUUUAUUUUCUUUCGCGUGUGUGAGCAGAUUUAACAGAAAUUACACAUAGCCUGCUGCUUUGUAAAAAUAAAAAGUCGCUUGGCUUUUUAAGAUUUUAACGUUGGCACGCGCACUUUCUAGCCGUUUUCCGGUGCCAAAUCCUAGAACUGUUUCCGAAAUAAUGCUGGCCACUCAUGUGAUGUUGUUAUUUGUGUAAAUAAUACAUAUUAUUAUAAAAACACCGCUUAAACUAAAUGUUUCUAAACUAAUCACGGAUGAAAAUAACCUCUCUGCUCACGAAGACACUUUUUUAGGAUUUUAAAAUCGCCACGCUAAAUUAAAAAAAUUAAAUUUAGGCUUAAAAUGCACGCAAAAAGGACGUGUGAAAUUUGGUUCGACGAAAGUACUUAUGCCCUUAAAUGAAUGUCAGCCUCCGUCAAACUCUGGCACACUGGCCGAGGGAAUCGUUAACUGUGUCCAAGGGAAUUCACUGCAAAGUCGCCCUGAUCCGCAACAUGAAUUCAGGGAAAAAUGCAUUAAAAUCAUGCAAUUUGUACAAUUUGAGGCACUGCGCAUGCGUUAUAUACGCAGAAAACUUCUGCGCAGCCAGAUAAAAAUUAAUCUUUUCUCUCUGACAACCAGAAUACCUCACUCUCAUAAAUUUUUCGUUAACAUUUCCUGCAUUAUCCGCAUUAUCAGCGCAGAAAUCUACUGAGCAUGCGCAAUAGCACGCAAACAUUUCGAAAAUAAGUUUACAGAGCAUGGAACCGUAAAAUAUGCACAAAUCAAUGUUACUGGCAGUCCAAAGGUUCUCUUAAUUUCAAAUUCACAAACUGCGCAUUCCCUUGAUGCGCAGAAACUGUCUGCGCAGAAACUGUCUGCGCAGAAACUGUCUGCGCAGAAACUGUCUGCGCAGAAACUGUCUCCACAGAAACUGUCUGCGCAUGCCUAAGAUGCGCAGAAACUGAAAAUCUGACAACCAGAAAACCUCGUUUUAAAUAUUUUAGGCUGCUUUAUCAGCGGAGAAAUCUACUGCGCAUGCGCAAUAGCACGCAAAUGUUUUCCAAAUCAAGUUACAGAGCAUGAAAUUAUCCAAAAUUAGCGAAUUAAUGGUAUUGGCAAUCCAGAUGCUAUUUAAAUUUAAAUUCCACAAACUGCGCACGCCCUAAAUGCGCAGAAACCGUCUGCGCAGCCUAAUUCGACAAUCUAACUCAUGCGCAUAGGGAAUAUGCACUACCUCACCAUGUCUUUCUCGUCAAUCCCAGCUGCAAUUUACUGCGCAUGAGUUGACAGUAACUACGCAUGCGCAGUAGGUAUCUAAACCUUAUGUGCACACUGUCUAUCGCAACGUGCAUAUAUUAAAUUUGGUCUCACGCCCACACUCUUGUGGUUGGUGCUCAGAAACCGCCUGCGCGGUUACUUUCAGACAAUCAAGCACAUGCGCAGUGAAGGUUUUUGGGCGCAACUACAUAACAUCUGCGCAUGCGAUGUCCCCCGAGAAAGCUGUUAGUACAUCUUGAUUGCAUGCAUUUCAUUCCACUUCACGCAAGCGCAGUUGAUUCUUAUGCACUUUAUGCGUGCGCAGAACGCUUGUAUGCCUGCGCAAUAGAAAAAUGAGGCAAAUUAUGCAUUCUUAAGCCCUUUUUCUCUUAAUUAACUUCUUAAUUUGGAUAAUCUUUAUUAUUUUUCAUGUGCGGAUCAGAGGACUCGGAACUCUUGAUCACUGAACGGUUUUAACAGUGUGUCAGGCCCUUGUAAAAUAAAUUUAACUCGUGUAAAUUUACUAAUCGAAUGUAUUUGCUCUUACACUCUCCAUCCACUCCAAAAAAUCUUUCCGGAUAACAGCGAAAUUAUGCAGAUAUGGUUGUUUCCGCUGCUGUUUAUGUUUUCAUGUAAAUUCGUCAACUUUAAAAUAUAAAUUUUUAAUGAUUCGAUUUGCUGGUAUAUGCUAUUGCGUUAUUGUUGGUAUCAUAUAAUAGUAGAUAAAUAAUAUUAAUUACAUUGUUUGUACGUUAUUAGCUUUAAAUAUCUAAGAACGGUGUGUUUUAGUCAGGCGAUCGACAAACUAAUGUUUCAAUUCGAAAUAAAAAUUAAAAGGUGAA